UCAAAAAAGCGUAGUUCGUUUUGCCGCUGCUCCGGAACCGCGUGUAGAAGAAUGAUAUUAUUUUGGUAUUUCGUCUGCUUAAAGAAUAUUUUAUAGAAGUUUUUCAGAAGAAAAAAAUACAUUGUACUCAACAUAAAUAUGAAUAUUAUAAAGAAAUGCGCUUUAUGCCAACAACCGGCUGAACUGAUGUGUAGUCGCUGCUUGGAAGUAUAUUGUUCUGUUGAGUGUCAAAUUCGCGACUGGGCAGACCAUAAGAAAGUGUGCAUUAAUAUUCCGAAAUUGUAUCCAAAUAAUAGUUACUUGGAAAUUCUGGCCGGUGGCGUAGCGCUACCAUUGAGGAGCUCCUCAGUCAUCGAACAAGCAACAUCGCGUAUGCUAGCGAUUGAUGGAAGAUCAUUGAAACCGCUACGUAAGCCGAACAUUCCUCUCGGAACAGUGGAAGCAUCGAUCAACCGCGAAGUGACAUCAAAAUUUAACAAUACCAGCAAUGAUGAGUCACAUUUUAAAAGCUCUGCACAUAAUAUAACCGUUACGGCACCCUCAACAGACUGCGAGAAACGGUUCUCGGCAAUGAAAAUUGAAGUUUUUCAGGAAAAAUCGAACGUUAAUCAUUCUAGUUCAAUUCAAGACAUAUCAGUGUCGAAAGAAGAGCGUCCUGAGUCUCCUCAAAAGCCCCAAACGUUGGCAAAAUUGAAAUUAGAAGUAAUAAAGAACCAUCAAAUGAUGGCAAAGGCAGCCGGAAAGACGCAACUUGCUGCAGCUACUUCCAGCCAAUCGAAGCUGGAUUGUGCGGUCCCAGCUGUUGGGGCAAACUCGCCGAAAUAUUGGCUAGAACCGUUUCCGUUGGAGAAAAAUGACGGUGAGCUAUUCGAAGUCAUCGUUCAGUGCAUUGAAAGCACAACGCCAAAGCGGGCUUGGGUAAUUCUUGCGUCCCACGAAGCGGUGUGCGAUAAGCUUCUGCGGGACAUUCAGAGUCAACUGAAUCGGAAGGGCGAACCUAUCACUUACGAGCAGAUUGAGGUGAAUGACAUAUUUGCCGCCCCUUUCGAUGGCGACGUUUAUUACAGAGUGGUGAUUCUUGAAAAGGUUGAUCCAGCGAAAAGCUUGGUUAAAGUUCGUCUUAUUGAUUAUGGAGACACAAUGACAGUGCCGACGUCGGAGCUACUGGCUCCUAUCCUGUUGAUGAAAAACCUGCGGGCCUUCGCAUUCCAGAUAGAGAUUGCUAAUUUGAACCGCUCGCUGGAGCUAUGCGAGCGCAUUCGAAUCAAAGUAAUUCGUUCUGAGAAGGAAUGCAAAUUUGUAGAGAUGGAGCAGACUCCCAUGUCGCACUGUUUGCUCGACAUGCUGGGAAUUGGAGAGGAGAAAUGUGGUAGUGGUGGUAUUGUUUCUGUACUGUCGUCACGUAAAGCACUGGUUAUGCUGUCAGCUCCUGCAGUAAAGCCAUUUAUGAAGGUUCUAUUCACCCAAUUGGUGGAAGUAGCUCCGAAUUUCCCAAUCGCCAAAGAACCUGCAGUUUCUGAUUUAGUUUGCAUCAAUUCCUCUGGCGCAGGCUGGUCAAGGGGUCUAAUUGUAGAUCAACACGAGAACAACCAGCUGGUGUAUACCGUGGACAACGGUACCAUUGAUUUGGUGCUUAAGGAUCAGGAAAUUCGUAUUCUGCCAGAUGAGUACAAACAUAAGCCUCGCUUAGUGGUUCUGAUGGAAAUCGUUAAAGUAAUUAUGAAUGAGGUGGAAUUCAAACGAUUGUGUUAUUUGCCAAGUUUUGCGUUUGGCUUUGAACGUGUUAGUUACGAUCACAAGAAUCGCUCUAUGAAGGCGUUGAUGAAAGACGCCGAAGGAAAGCGUUCUCUCGCGGAAGUUGAAUUUACUGAGUUUGUAUGCGAUUUAAAGAAGGUUGGUAUCAAUUAUUGGCCGCAUAUUCCUCAAGACAAAUGUGUAGUGAAGAUUACAUCGGUGCUGAAUGUUAGCUCCGUGAUAAUUUGUCCUCAAGAUAAGAUUAACAUUUAUACCGAUCUACUGCAAACGAUUCUACCGGGACUAAAGCCUCUUACAUCGUCUCCUCUGGCGAAUGAUGUUAUUAUAGGAGUUGAUGAUAUCAUGAUGCCGUACCGGGCGCGUGUAAUGAAAAACGUGUCUUCGUCGGAGGUAGAAUUGUUGGACCUCGAUAACGGUUGCAUCAAAAAAAUUCCGUUCGGUAAACUCUACGCUGCUAAUGGGUUUAUCAGUAACCUUCCAGUUUUCACGAUAAAAGUUCAAGUACGCGAUGUUAAUGAGGCAACCAUUAGAGACAGAGAUGUCGUGGUCAAGCAGCUUGAUGUUUUCAAGACAGAAAAACGAAGCUUUCGAUUAAUGUUUGAGGGUGGAUCAUACAUGUACGGCGUCAAGCUGAUCGAUGUGAACACCAACCGUUCGUUGGCUACCUUGUUGAUGGAACAUCAUGAUAAAACGCUUCGCGAAGCAGAUGAAGAGCUAAAGAAGAUACGCGAUCAGGAAGAGGCUCGACAAAAAGCAGCUGAGGAGGCAGAGGCACAGAAAAAUCGUGACCAGGAGGAGGCUCGUCAGAAAUCAGCUGCAAUGGCACAGGCGAAAAUUGAGCUAGAACAAAAGGCAGCUCGGAAUGCUGCGAUUAUGGCUGAACAGAAGUUGAAGGCUCAGGAAGAGAAAAACAGCAAACAGGAGGAAAAUGCAAAGGCAGCUAUCCCUACCAAGUUUACGAUUAACGAUUUGAAGUUGAUUCCGUUGCCGGCCGGCAGAAAUGAUGUCAAACUUACUAUUUUGGAUGAUGGUGAUUUAAAUCGGGGUAUUAUGACGGUAUGCGAAAUGAACGAAGCAAACAUACAACGCUAUUCAACCUUGACUGAGGAAGUCAACAAGCACGCCUCCAAUAUUGGAGGAGAUGGAUAUUGCCCAGAGGUCGAUGAAAUGUGCGUUGCAGUAUUCGACGCCGAUAAACUCUGGUAUCGAGCAGUUUGUAUCAUGGUAGCACCAGAUAAGAAUAGUUUUGUGGUCCAGUUCAUCGAUUACGGCAACAUUGCUUCGGUAAAGCGUGAAUCGAUCCGCAGUUUUCAGAAAGAACUCGAUUUCCCGUGCGUUGCAUUCACCUGUUCUGUUAAAGAAUUCUCUGUCGUACUGCAAAAGCUAGGCAAUCAGCAGUUACAGUUAGGAUAUGUGAUUGCUAAAGAAAUUCAAGCGGAUGGAGAAAGUUUUGUGUUGACCUUUUAGAUAUUUACCCGAGUAGGAAAAACGUUACGAUAAACAUGUAGAACAUGUUUCGUUAUUCUUAUUUUUUGACUGAGCAUAGUUCCUUUGGAAAAAGGAAUAAUAUUUCAUUUUGUUUUGAUAUAUUUUUGAGAAUCACUGGACUUUUUUACUCUGGAAGAAUGAAAUAACAAUGUCCAUUCAUGUUA